UAAGAAUGGUCCUUUCAUGACAGACAUGGAAGCAUUUGGGUUCCCUGAGAACGGUUACUUGAGUACGAUUAUUCUGGUAACAAACAGAUACAAGGCACUCUUCAAACACAUUAAGGAACAAGGAUUUCCAUCAUUAUGUCUGGAAUCAAAAACAUUUGCACUGGAACUAAAGUGGACUUGGGAGCAAGCUGCAAGCCAGUUUGUGAAAGCAAACAGGCAUGUGGAAGCGAAGAUUCAGUACUGCAGGUAUGUUCCAUCGACCUCCUUAAAUGCAGGACAGGACCGAAUCGACUGGAGCAUUACACAAACUGUUACCUUAAUGAUCACCUCAUCGUCCGUAGAGGACAGUGUUUUCAAAUGUGGGUUGAGCUGUCCCGGCCUUUUGUUCCAAAUAGAGACAAACUGCACCUGGAGCUGACACUUGGUAACAUUCCAUCAAUACAGAACGGCACGUACGUGAUUGUUCCACUAGUGGAAGAAUUGAAGAAAGACUGCUGGGGAGCCAAGAUUGUUGAACAGGGACAAAAACGAAUCAAACUGAGUGUUAGCUCUGCUCCGUCUGCUUGUAUUGGACGAUACAAGCUCAAUGUUGCAACAUACUGUCCAGGGGCCAGAUACAUUUCGCCAUACAACCCUGACAAUGACAUUUACAUGCUGUUCAACCCCUGGUGUAGAGAUGACUGUGUGUACCUAGAGGAUAAUGCAGAGAGAACUGAGUAUGUGCUGAAUGACAUAGGAAGAAUCUACUAUGGAACGAAGCAACAAAUUGGUUGCAGAACAUGGAACUUCGGUCAAUUUGAUGACGGAGUCUUGGCUGCAUGUUUGUAUGCGCUGGAAAGGAGUGGCGCCCCUUGCUCAGGAUGGGGAAGCCCUGCUAAUGUCGCCAGAGUGGUAUCUGCCAUGGUUAUUGCCAAUGAUGACUUUGGUGUUUUGACUGGUAACUGGUCAAAUAAUUACAGAGGUGGGAUUGCUCCAACAUCCUGGUGUGGUAGCAGUCCCAUUCUGAAACAGUACCACAAAAGUGGAGGAAUGCCUGUGAAAUACGGACAGAGCUUGGCCUUCGCUGGGGUCACCAACACAAUGUUGAGGUGUUUAGGCAUUCCCACUCGUCCCAUCUCCAAUUUCUUGUCAGCUCAUGACACUGACGUUUCUUUGACAACAGACGUUUAUUUAGAUGAGAAAUUUGAGCUUAUUGACAACCUGAACUGUAAUCCAAUCUGGAACUACCAUGUGUGGAACGAGGCCUGGAUGACUCGGCCAGACUUGCCAGCUGGUUUUGGAGGUUGGCAAGUGGUUGAUUCCACUCCUCAGGAGACCAGCCAGGGCUUCAACCGCUGUGGCCCCACCUCUGUUGCUGCGAUUCGUAGCGGGCAGGUCUUCCUAAAGCAUGAUGUGCCCUUUGUUUUUGCUGAAGUGAACAAUAAUAAAGUCUACUGGCAACGGAGAUGUGAUGGGACCUUUGGUGUUGUCCAUGUUGAGAAGAACGCAGUAGGUCACUGCAUCAGCACCAAGGCUGUUGGCUCUGACAAACGUUUUGAUAUCACACACCUCUACAAACAUCCACAAGAUACAGAGGAAUACCGCGUUGCUUUGGAAACGGCCAUUCGCCAUGGCUCCAAGCGAUGCAUAUCCCCAUUGCCCUGUGCAGGGGAAGUGACUGUUAAAGUCACUAUGCAGGGAGAGGGACCGUGUGUGGGCAAGGAUGCUGUGCUUUCCAUCGUUCUGAAGAACACAUGUGACUCACCUCGUACUGUCACCCUCUACAGCCAGGUGGCAGCCACGUACUACACCGGAGUUCACAAUGCCUUAGUGAGAAAGGGCAAGCUAGACAUUGAGCUGAAGCCUUGUGAUGUCCAGACUAUACCUUGGACUCUGCGAUAUGAUGAGUAUAAAUUCCACCUUGUGGACCAGGCAGCACUGAUGCUCAAUCUUUUUGGACAGGUCGCUCAGACUAAACAGAUUCUGGCCUCCCAGUUCAACUUCAGACUGCGCACACCAGAUCUUGUGAUUGCUCCUGUAUCCGACUGUGUGGAGGGCAAAGAAAUGCCAGUCAAAAUCACAUUCAAAAACCCGCUGUCUUGUGUGCUGAAGAAUGUGACUUUCCGUAUUGAGGGACUGGGACUGCAGCAGGCCAGAACAAUUACACAUGGUGACAUUGCAAGUCUGGCCACAGUGAACCUGACGGAGACGUUUGUUCCCAAGUGUCAUGGCCCACACAAACUUCUGGCAUCCCUCGACUGUCCUCAGCUGACUCAGGUGCAUGGAGUCGCUGACAUAGUUGUUAAACAACAGCGAUAAAGCAUUGAAAUUACAUAAAGAGAAAAACAUGCAAUCGGUAAAAAUAUUAGGAUUCAUUUAAUCACAGUCUUAGAGGCUUUUUGUUAAGUAACAGUGUAGGAGAGAUUGUAAA